AUGGGCAAGGGCACCGUUAUCGAUGCAUCUGAUGACGCCAUGUCCUUUAUUCCCCCCAGUAUAGAUCAUGCUCGUCUACUCUCGGGAGAUUCCUACGCCUACUACACGCCCUGCCCGGCCGGAAUUACACCUUACGACAAGUCCUCCACAACUCCACAGACAACAGAGCCUACACCAUGUGUGCUGGGUGUUGACGAGGCCGGUCGCGGUCCAGUCUUGGGCCCCAUGGUCUACGGCGCGUUCUAUCUCCCUCUUGAGCUACACCAUUCCCUCCUGGCGCAAGAGCACAGCUUCGACGACAGCAAAGUCCUCACACCUGCCGUGCGCGCCAAUUUGAUGCGCUUGAUCAAUACCCCCGGCGAGAACCUAUACGAGUCCUGUGGAUAUGCAAUUAAGGUUCUUUCCGCGCGUGAUAUCGGUUCAGGCAUGAUGAAACCAGGCACUGCAGUGUAUAAUCUCAAUGCGCAAGCCAUGGAUGCGACAAUCGAGAUUAUUCGCGGCGUCCUACAAGACCAUGCUGUCAAUGUACAGGAGAUAUAUAUCGAUACAAUUGGCAAUCCUGCUACAUACCAGGCCAAACUCGAGAAGAUCUUCCCGUCGAUUAAAAUCACCGUGGCGAAGAAGGCGGAUUCUUUGUAUCCGUGUGUGAGUGCUGCCAGUGUGGCUGCUAAAGUGACGCGUGAUGUCGCUUUGGAAGUCUUGUACGAGUCUGUGCUCAAGGCGCAACAGCUCGACGACGCCUCCAUGGCCCCCGAGGGUUGGGGUAGUGGCUACCCUUCGGAUUCCAAGUGUGUCGGCUGGCUCCGACGGAAUAUGGAUCCUGUAUUUGGUUGGGGUAGCGAGUGUCGCUUCAGCUGGGGUACUGCGAAGGAGAUGCUCGAGCAGAAGGGCGGAGCACGAGUAGAUUGGCCUGCGGAUGACGACGAGGGGAAUGGCAUGCUGAGUGACUUCCUUCUAGCGUCUGGGCCUGGGAAAAGCUCGAGCAAGGACGGGUUAAGAGACUGGUUUGGACAACGACAAGCAGAGAUUAUAUGA